CUUCAAUCUCCUUCUCCUCCUGCCCGUGAGCUCGGUGUCCUCCCUGCCUGCUUCCCACUUCCCUUCACCAAGUGCCUCAUCAUGAGCAGACAAGCCUGCAAGACACCUGGAGGCAGGAGCCAGGGCUUCUCUGGCCGCUCAGCUGUGGUGUCCGGUGGCAGCAGGAUGAGCUGUGUGGCCCGAACUGGUGGAGGGGCCUGCGGGCUCCGGAGCGGAGCAGGCGGCUUUGGCAGUCACAGCCUCUAUAACUUGGGUGGCCACAAGAGCAUCUCUAUCAGUGUGGCAGCUGGUGGCACCCGGGCUGGUGGCUUUGGUGGGGGGCACAGCGUCUGUGGUGGUGGCUUUGGGGGCAGCUAUGGAGGUGCCCUUGGGGGUGGCUAUGGAGGCAGCUUUGGCAGUGGCUUUGGUGGUAGCAGAGGAAUGGGAAGUGGCUUCGGUGGAGCUGGUGGCUUUGGAGGGGCUGGUGGUUUCAGCGGCUUUGCUGGCUUUGGUGGCUUUGGUGGGCCUGGUGGUUUUGGCCCUGAUUCCUUCCCUGGAGGAAUCCAGGAAGUGACUGUCAAUCAGAGCCUCCUACAGCCCCUCAAUGUGGAGAUCGACCCCCAGAUUGGGCAAGUAAAGGCCCAGGAGCGAGAGCAGAUCAAGACUCUCAACAAUAAGUUUGCUUCCUUCAUCGACAAGGUGCGCUUCCUGGAGCAACAGAACAAGGUUCUGGAGACUAAGUGGGAGCUGCUCCAGCAGCAGGGAACCAGUUCCACCACUGGCACCAACAACCUUGAACCUCUUUUUGAAAACUACAUUAACCAUCUGCGGAAUCACCUGGAUGGAAUCCUUGGGGACAGAGGCCGCCUGGACUUAGAGCUGAGGAAUAUGCAGGACCUGGUGGAGGACUUCAAGAAGAAAUAUGAGGAUGAAAUAAAUAAACGUACAGUAGCUGAGAAUGAAUUUGUGACCCUGAAGAAGGAUGUGGAUGCUGCCUAUAUGAACAAAGUUGAGCUUCAGGCCAACACGGAUGCCCUGGUAGACGAGAUCAACUUCCUGAGGACCCUCUAUGAUGCAGAGCUUUCCCAGAUGCAAAGGCAUGUCAGUGACACAUCUGUGAUUCUAUCCAUGGACAACAACCGUGAUCUGGACCUGGACAGCAUCAUUGCUGAGGUCCGUGGUCAGUAUGAGGACAUUGCCCAGAGGAGCAAGGCUGAGGCCGAGGUGCUGUACCAGACCAAGUUGGGAGAGCUGCAGACUACAGCUGGCAGGCAUGGAGAUGACCUGCGGAGCACCAAGAGUGAGAUCCAGGAGCUCAACAGGAUGAUCCAGAGGCUCCGCGCUGAGAUUGAGAACGUCAAGAAGCAGAAUGCCAACCUACAGACAUCCAUCGCAGAGGCUGAGCAGCGUGGGGAGAUGGCCCUCAAGGAUGCCAAUGCCAAGCUCCAAGACUUGCAGGCUGCACUACAGCAGGCCAAGGAUGAUCUGGCCAGGCUGCUGCGUGACUACCAGGAGCUGAUGAACGUCAAGCUGGCCCUGGAUGUGGAGAUCGCCACUUACUGCAAGCUGCUGGAGGGCGAGGAGUGCAGGAUGUCUGGAGAGUGCCAGAGCGCUAUCAGCAUCUCUGUGGUCAACAGCAGCAGCACGACUUCGGCCUCGGCAGGCGGUUAUGUGGGCAAUUACGGUGGUGGCUUCAGUGUAGGAGGCACUGGCACAGGCAGUGGCUUUGGCCUGGGUGGUGGCGGUGGAAUUGGCAGCGGCGGUGGAUUUGGUGGCAGCAGCAGUUUCAGCGGUGGCAGCAGCUUUGGCUCUGGCUCUGUGGGUCACAGUGGAGUCAGUGUUGGGAGCUUCCGUUCAGGUGGCAACCGGGGUGGCACUGUCAGGUUCUCCCAAUCCUCCCAGCGCUACUCCAGAUAAACAGCAUAAAGCGCAUUCACCAGCAUCACAGCCACCUCAGCACCUCCCUUCCCACCCUCUCCUCCCUUCCCAAUGUCAUGUCACCCCUGCCCCUAGGGGGUGGCUCUUGGGCUGGAAGGCUGGGGCUCUUGCUCUUCCACCUGGGUCCCUGGCUGAACCCAGCCACAAGGAUUUCAAGCUCUCUUCUCUCUGGCUCCAGUAUAUGCCUGUGAUUACCCAGAUGUGGCCUCAGCUGCCACUUCGGGCGGUCCUUGGGAUCCUCCCUUCCCUGAGAGUCACCACAGUUCUUGUGUAUAUAACCUGUGGCUCCUUCUGCCCGCCUGUUCUGUCACCAAUAAAAUGCAUUGUAUCUUA